AUGAACGACACGGAUGCUGUUCGGUCGCUUGUCGAGAUGGGGAUCUCGAAGGAUGUCGCAGAGGAUGCCUUGAGAAGGACUAAUGGUGAUGUCGAGGCUGCUGGUAACUUUAUCUUUUGUAAUGACGCACCGGCACAGAUCUCAGAGAAUGUUGAGCAGAGGGCUCAUAUAGAGUUACCGGCAGGCUCCGCCAGUGGGUUUCAACCUGGGGACCUCAAUGAGUAUAUUUCGAAUGCGCCAGAUACUGAGUCUGAAGAUUUCGAAGAGAUCGAUGUGGAGGAAGAUUCCGUUGAGACUGGACCAUCGUUAGAAUGUUCGGGUCGAAAGGGACAGAUAAGUGAUCCAACAGUGGUAUUGCCUUUGCCGCCAAAUUUCCUCUUUGAAGGUUAUUUUGCUCUGUUUUGCUUGUUUGUUGCGAAUUAUAUGCCACAUCUAUUGGCAAGACCUGAUUUUAUUGAUUUAAACUACGACAAGAAUUGGUACAGAGGUGAUUCUUAUACUAAUGCGGAGUAUAGACUCAAGUAUCUGAGUAAGAACGGCUCUGACGAUGAACAAAUUGAGAUCGUUCCAAAGGAUGAAUUGACUCAAGAGGACGGGGACUAUACCUUGCAAUCGGAGUUACUUUGGCAACUGCAGAAGCUGGCAUCUGUGGCCAACUCUAGAAUGUCUGAUAGAGCUUACGUGAGGGCUAAAAUGUUUGCUAUCGCAGUUGAACCGCAGGUGCAAAGAAACAUGGCCGAAGCCGAACAUUUGCACGAGGUUCUGCCCUCUUUCAUCAAGUCAGUGGCCGUCGAUCUUGAAAUGUGUCCCAAUUUCCAAGACAACGAAGUCAGGGAGUGUUUUAUUUCCUCUGCGUUUCAUACACCGUCGAACUCUGCUCCACAAGAGGAAAGCACAAUGAAAACAUGGCUAUCAUUAUUCCAUUUCCUUCCGGAAGAAUAUGAAACCAACCUUUACAGGAUGUUCAAUGCUCUGCUGUUCGCAGAUGAUAGUGUCGAGUCAGAUCAAUCAGAUUCUCCAGAUGGUGAAGGUGAAAACUCGCUUAGUGAAAUAGCGCCUGUAUUUACUAUUGUAUUUGAUGAGAUGGAAGAAACCACAGAAGCAGUUCCGUUGGCGGAAGGUGUCGAGAUGCCAUUGGAAUUUUACCCACAGCUUUACACUAAGGAGUGCAAGGACAAACUGAUAAAACACAUUAUUGCAAAGAGAAGACAAAGUCAAACUGAUUCAAGAGCUAUUUUACAGGAAAUAACUGAUUUGAAAAGCUUUCAAGGUAAAGAUCUUUCGAAAUUCAUCAACAGCUCUCUGGAUUACCUUCAAAAAGAUGAAAAAUCUCCAGAGCUUAUUAAAGGCUUACUCGAUUUAAAAGAUCAGAUCACAAAUAAAAAGACUAAAAAAAUGAAUGAGUAUAAAGAAAUUGCGCAUCGUUUACAAAGUGAAUGGAACUUGUCACUCCCUGAGAUCCAAAUCGUCAAGACCGCUAAAGAAUUGGGGCUCAUUGAUGAUUCCUACCUCCUCACAAUGGCGGUGAUAUCUCCAUACAUGUACUACACAAGAAACCGUGAUGGGCAGUGGUUCUUUGUGCAAUCAACUCCUUACGAAGCGAGCUACAACGUACGAGCAUGUUCUUCACCUCUCGAGAUACAAGAUGCUAUUAAGCAACAUACAAGACGGCCAAGUGAAGCACCAUUGAUGUUCAUAUAUUGUAAGAAAGGCUUCAUACCGGAUGAUGAUACCGUCUUGAAGGCACUGGAAAACAAUCAAGGAUGCCAUAGGUUUGCCAAAGACGAUCAAUUGCAAUUGAACAAGAUGCAAGAUUUGUCUUCCUCGGCCCUAUCUUCUGCCAAUGCUUCGAUUCCAGCAGAUCUGUAG